GAAUGGAAGGGAAGUAGCCUUCUUCCUCCCCCCUUUCACCAACCGCUCCCUUCCUCCCUUCAACCUCUCGAUAUCGUGGAGACGGCGACUUCUCUCCAGACUUGCUACCAUUAUACCUCCACUUUCUCCUCCUCCUCUUCCUCUACUCAUCUAUCCCCUCAAACUCCCAUCUUGGUGGUUGGGUCGUUGAUGGAAUCCCACAACCCUUCCCUCUGAUCCUCGGACCGAGGAAUGCGACAGAUCACCCUCUUCCGCCCACUUCGUAUUAUUCUCCUUCGAUCUUCCUUGGAUUUGAUCUAGACACCUCGGCUCAGCUCUUGUUUCAGUUCCCGUGGAGAAUGGCGGUCCCCGGCCCGGUGAGCCCUGGUCAGGUGUCAUUUUUGCUUGGUUUUUUGCCUGUUUGUAUUGCAUGGUUAUAUUCAGAGAUUUUGGAGUACCGAAAGUCUUCCUCUCCAACAAAAGUUCAUUCAGAUGUGAAUCUGGUUGGACUGGAUAAAGAAGCUGAAAAGGAAGAUGAUCGAGCUGCUUUGCUUGAAGGAGGCUUGCCGAGAUCUUCAUCAAGAGGUUCUAAUUCAUCUUCCCGAGCAACUUUAAUCAGGUUUAUAUCAUUGGAUGAGUCUUUCUUGCUUGAACAUCGAACAGUGCUAAGGACCAUGGCUGAAUUUGGAACAAUCCUUGUAUACUUCUACGUCUGUGAUCGGACAAAUAUAUUUUCACAAACUACCAAGAGUUACAGUCGGGACCUAUUUCUUUUCCUCUAUAUUCUUCUAAUCAUAGCUUCCGCCUUGACUUCUCUAAAGAAGCACCAUGACAAAUCAGCUUUCACAGGAAAAUCAAUACUUUUCCUGAAUCGUCAUCAAACUGAAGAAUGGAAAGGAUGGAUGCAGGUUUUAUUCUUAAUGUACCAUUAUUUUGCUGCCACUGAAAUGUACAAUGCAAUACGAGUAUUCAUUGCUGCUUAUGUGUGGAUGACUGGCUUUGGGAACUUCUCUUACUAUUAUGUCAGGAAGGAUUUUAGCCUUGCUCGGUUUACUCAGAUGAUGUGGCGGUUAAAUUUCUUUGUGGCUUUUUGUUGCAUUGUCCUAAACAAUGAUUACACCCUGUAUUAUAUCUGUCCUAUGCACACCCUUUUUACUCUCAUGGUGUAUGGAGCACUUGGCAUUUUUAGCAAGUAUAAUGAGAUUGGACCUGUUAUGGCCAUCAAGAUAAUUUGCUGUUUUCUCGUAGUGAUCUUAGUCUGGGAAGUACCUGGGGUAUUUGAUCUCCUGUGGACUCCUUUUACGUUUCUGAUAGGAUACAAAGAUCCAGAUCCUUCCAAGUCAAAUUUACCACUCUUACAUGAGUGGCAUUUUAGAUCAGGUCUUGACCGCUACAUUUGGAUUAUUGGGAUGAUAUAUGCAUAUUACCACCCAACUGUUGAAAGGUGGAUGGAAAAGCUCGAAGAAUCUGACACUAAAAGGAAAUUCUAUGUCAAAACAAGCAUAGUUUCAGGUUCCUUAUUGGUUGGUUAUUUAUGGUAUGAGUACAUCUACAAGCUAGAUAAAAUCACCUACAACAAGCUCCAUCCAUACACAUCUUGGAUCCCAAUCAGUGUUUACAUCUGCCUGCGGAACUUCACCCAGCAGCUUCGCAGUUCCUCCCUCACUCUCUUUGCAUGGCUUGGCAAGGUUACCCUAGAGACAUAUAUUUCUCAGAUCCAUAUUUGGCUAAGGUCAAACAUGCCAAAUGGCCAGCCAAAGUGGCUUCUUUGUUUCAUCCCGAAUUACCCUUUGCUCAAUUUCCUGCUCACUACAGCAAUCUAUCUCUUUAUAUCCUACAGAGUAUUCGGGCUGACGAAUCUAUUGAAGACGGCAUUUAUCCCUAGCAAAGACAACAAGCGCCUUUUUCAUAACUUCAUUGCCGGAGCAACCAUUUGCGUCACGUUGUACUGCAUCUCAUGGAUUCUCCUUCACAUUCCAGGAGUAUCCAUUUGACAUGUAAUGUUUUUCUUAAAGAUUUUGACCACCCGCAUAGAACUGCUGGAUGUUGAUCAUCAAAUCAAACCUUUGCAACAGGGACGGAUAAUUUUCCAUCAAUGAUUAUGAAAAUGAGGAUGUUUUUUUUU